GGUUUUUUUUUAGUUGUAAUAAAAAGAACAAAGAUAUCGCAUCGCGAAGUCGACAGAGCACUGAUAUAUAACCGACAGAGAGACACACAGACAACAGAAUACAUAAAAUACAAACAGUUGUUCAAUAAUUUAACUUGCGUAUAGCUGUACGUUUUCUGUAAUAUAUUUAAAUAGUUUAUUGGACUUUGGUAGUUUUGUUUUCGUUUUUAUUUUCUUCUUUCUCUCUGUUUCGUGUCUCUUUUCCCCCCUUCAUCCUGGGCUAAUGCGUGGAAUUUCAGAAAGCUCCCCAAAUCGUACAAUGGCGGAGGACUUUGAUGUUGAGGCAUUACUGGAGGCGCCCUAUAAAAAAGGGAAGAAAAAGGAUGUGUGGUUGGCCAUUGGUAGUUUAAGACCAAGGCAUGCUCAACCCAAGAUUGCAAUGCUUUCCUAAAACCCAAUUGGAGCAGGACUCUUUAUCCCGAGAGAAAUCCUCCAAAGUGAAUGGGUCCAGUCGGAAAUCUUCUGGGAAGAGCAAACAUCGCUCAAGAACACGUUCAAGAUCAAGAGAUCGGAAAGACAGGAGAGAUCGAGACCGUGGAGAGAGAGAUCGGGAUCGAGAUCGUGAACGUGAGCGUGAACGCGGAGAGAGAGAGCGUGAUCGUGACCGAGGAGACAGAGAUCGCGAUAGGGGAGACAGAGAACGGGAGCGGGACAAGGAUAGGGACAGAGAGCGAGAUAAAGACCGUGACAAAGACCGUGAUAAGGAGCGAGAUCGCGACAGAAAACGAAGAACACGCUCUCGAGAGCGGCGAGACCGAGACAAAGAUAAGGAAUCCGAAAGAGAAAAGGAUCGAGGCCGUGACAGGGACAGAAAAAAAAAGAGAUCGCUGACGCCCAUCUCGCUUCCUAGAGUUCGACCACCCUUUGGGAAGGCAGUUAGUCCGCUAGGCCUGGUCGAUGAACUCACUCCCGAAGAACGCGACGCUCGAACUGUAUUUUGCAUGCAACUGAGCCAGCGAAUCAGGGCGCGCGACUUAGAAGAGUUCUUCUCCAGCGUUGGCAAAGUCCAGGAUGUCAGACUCAUCACCUGCAAUAAAACAAGGCGGUUCAAGGGAAUUGCCUAUGUCGAAUUUAAGGAUCCAGAAAGUGUUACACUAGCGUUGGGGUUAUCGGGACAGAAAUUACUGGGCAUACCGAUAGUUGUCCAACACACUCAAGCAGAGAAAAAUCGUAUGGGCAACUCAAUGCCAAACCUUAUGCCAAAAGGACAGACGGGACCGAUGCGGCUUUACGUUGGGUCUCUGCAUUUCAAUAUAACUGAGGACAUGCUUCGAGGGAUUUUUGAACCAUUUGGUAAAAUUGAUAACAUCCAACUGAUCAUGGAUCCCGAAACUGGUCGCAGCAAGGGGUACGGAUUUUUAACGUUCCGAAAUGCCGAUGACGCGAAAAAAGCUUUGGAACAAUUGAAUGGGUUUGAACUAGCUGGCAGGCCCAUGAAAGUCGGUAAUGUCACGGAACGCACAGAUUUACUCCAGGGCUCUUCUCUCUUGGACACUGACGAAUUGGAUCGCAGUGGUAUAGACCUUGGUGCAACGGGCAGGCUACAACUGAUGUGCAAAUUGGCUGAAGGAACUGGCCUUGAAAUUCCUCCAGCAGCAGCAAACGCUCUGAACAUGGCGCCAGUGAUUGCAGCCCCACAACCACCUCCGCAAGCGGCUCCACCUAUUGCCACUCAGUGUUUUAUGUUGUCGAACAUGUUUGAUCCGCAAAACGAGACGAAUCCAAAUUGGGCCAAGGAAAUCAGAGACGAUGUUAUUGAAGAGUGUAACAAACACGGAGGUGUUUUACACGUCUACGUUGAUCAGGCCUCUCCUCAAGGUAACGUGUAUGUGAAAUGUCCAUCAAUCGCGACAGCCGUCGCUGCUGUGAAUUCGUUGCACGGACGAUGGUUCGCGGGACGUGUUAUAACUGCAGCGUAUGUGCCUCUGGUUAAUUACCACUCGUUAUUCCCCGACGCAAUGACGGCCUUACAGUUACUUGCACCGAGUGCUCCAAGGCGAGGAAUGUGAUCUCAAGCUUAAUAAGAAUAAACGGGUUAUUCAGAGAUUUUUAAUUCAAUAUCUAAUUUACCUUUAACGAUCACAAUUUUCAUUUCUACUUGUAUGAAUACCGUGGUAUUUCGUGUAUCAUCAAUCAUUCCGUGGUAUUAAAGGAUGGAUGUGGUGAAUUAGUAGGAAAAAUUAGGGUUUGACUAUAUGAAGAAUAAACAGGCCCCACUGUCAAAUCAAGAGUCAGGGAAAGAGAAAAAUGGUAAAAAAAAAAAAAUAUCCAACGCUGCUGUGACGAUGAUAGUGAAUAUGAAUAAAACAACAUCUCUGACACAAUAGCAAUGAAUCUAAAAAAAUUCGUACCUAACAUACCGAUAAUUAGGAUAUGAGUCUAAACAAAUUUGAAUAACGCGAGUUAAGAUAUCGGCACCUUGAGAAAAAGGUGUUCUAUAAUUAGAACGCUCAAAAUGAUUAAACUGACGUUUUGGAUCAGAUUCUAAUAUUUCUGCGAUUACUAUCUUCAAUAUAAAGAUCACCCGAAAAAAUCCUACAAAUAUCUUCAUAGUGGAUAAACAUGGAUUUUUGUAAUGACACUACCACUAACUUUCUUCAACAAUUACAUUUGCGCGUUAUAACUGGUGUACUGUAAGAUUUCUUGAAUGUUUUCCUGGAUACUUUGUGGGAAUCUGGUCAGCGAGCAAAAUGUGCUCAAAAACAUUAGAAUCUCAUAGGAAACAUACGUUUAACCAGUUGGAACGUACUAAUUUUAAAAGCUUUUCUCAUAUUAUCAAUAUCUUGUUUUGUGUGAUCCGGAUAUCCGCAGCAUCAUUUCUAUUAGAUAGUAUGGAUGUUUCGUUUGUAUUGACCAUGAUUGGCACAAGCGAUACUAUGAAGAAUUUUCGAGCAAUUUUUUUAUCCUCGACCAUUUCUAAUUCAGAUGGCCCCUUCCUGCUUUAUUUUGAAACUGGUAUUGCAUUCGAUCUGGUCUAGAUAUUGUUUAUCUGUAGAAUUAUUGAUGCUGUACACAGCAGUAGUUAUAAACCGUCGGUGAAAAAUAAGAAAAAUGGUUACAUAAGUUGAGAAUUAUAUGAAACGCAUAAUAGAGACAAUUUAUAGAUUCGACAUUUGAUGAUAUACAAUAAACUGCAAGAAUGCUACAUGGACGUUUUUGUUAACGAGCGAUUGCAAUGUUAUUAUAUAUUUGUUAUAUUUUUACUGCAAUCGAAAUUGUAACCAACAAGCGAUAAUUAUUCACGAUACUUGAUGAUAUUAGAUUUCAAUGGUGUAACCUCGUUUUCCUUCAUUGUGAGAGCGGUAAAAACAUUAUCGCUGAUGGUCAGCCCACCCCAGAUAGGAUGGUAAAUUAUCAUUUCGUUUACUGUAAUUUCAUUUGAACAAUCGCUAUUUAUAAAAUUGUAUAAAAAAUGUGCCUAGUUCAAAUUUACAAUACGAAAAUCAUCACCUAAUUAUUACAGAAUAUUUUGUAUUACUAUAUUUCGUUCGUAAAACACGUGCUUGAUUCUUUCUAUAUAAUUCAAUAUUGUACAAAUCUCGGGUUUUGCGGGUUCGAAUUCAACGUAAAAACCUUCUGGAACAAUUUGUUUAGUUAUCUAGUGUUAAUUUACACAUAAAAAAAAAUUGCAGCAGAGUAACUAAGAUCUAAUUUUACUUUUGAUGGCGUUCCAAGAGAUUCUUUCAAACUACAACAUUACUCGUUAUUUUCUAUUUGUACUUACUUGAGGUUCAUUCUUGAUGGGUUUCAGACUCUUGAGAAUAUAAAAUUCAAAACUCAUAUUUCAUUCAAUUUUUACUUCAAAAUUUUGCUUUCUGGGUAAAAUUCCUCGAAAUGUAUAGUUGAUGACAUUGUGGAAUUAUUCGAUUACUUAUUGAGGAAGUACGAUACCCGCAGACACCUUCGAUUAACGUAUUGACGAGGUAUAGCUGUAUAUAAGUUUUGUAAAUUAACUUAAACUAGUAAUAGAUAUAACUUAACGAAUGUAACUUCGCAAAUAUGAUAAAUUAAGUUAAUGUAAAUUCAUGGCGUAUUUACUCUGGUCUGCAAUAAAAACGUUACAAACAA